AUGAUUCGCCGAUACGUGAGUCCGCGACGACGACCGACGUCCUUCCGUCUGCCCAUCUGGGUCUGGGUACUCCUUGCUAUUGGGCUGCUCGAGUCUGCGUACCACUGUAGCAGGUUCAGGGUACCAGUGCCGGUCGAAGAGCAAGAUGAGCCGUUCUACACGUCGUGUCGUGAGCCAGACGUGAAUGGCAACCGCGAGAACGGAGUAAUUGUCAUGCUGGCGAGAAACUUGGAGCUCGAAGCCGCAAACCAUACCGUCGCAUCUUUCGAGAGGCACUUCAAUCGAUGGUUCCAUUACCCAAUCGUGUUCCUCAACGACGAGCCGUUCGACGACAGGUUCAUGGAGGUGCUGGGGAGUACAUCGAGCGGAGAUGUGACAUUCGAGACAAUACAACGGGAGGAUUGGACGUUUCCGACGUGGCUCAACCAAACAGCAGCAAAGGAGAGCAUCGCCAAGCAGGGAGCACGUGGAACGAUACAUGCUGGGCAAGAAGGCUACCACCACAUGUGCCGGUUCUAUUCAGGGAAAUUCUACCACCUCGAAGUACUCCAAAAGUACAAGUGGUACUGGCGACUCGAACCGGACGUCGAUUUCUACUGCUCGAUAACAUACGAUCCGUUCGUCGAAAUGGCCCGGCGCAAGAAGGUGUACGGCUUCACAUUGUCUCUCUGGGAGGAAUGGGCCACGGUUCCAUCGCUGUUCCGACACACGGCCGAAUUCAAGGAGGCCUUCGACAUCGCGUCAUCGUCGCUUUGGACGGCGAUGAUGGAGCCGUCCUGGCUGCCGUACCCAUUGAGAUCUUUGAUGAGUGUUCUACCGCAUCGCGAUCGGUUUGGUGACGCCUGGAGCGGCUGCCAUUACUGGAGCAAUUUCGAGAUAGCCGACCUCGACUUCUUCAGGGGCAAACAAUACCAGUCGUUCUUCAGGACGCUCGAAAGCACAGGCGGGUUCUAUUUCGAGAGGGGAUUUGUCGUUGCAUUUAGUGGGGAGAUGCCGCUGUACAUUCACUGGCUGUGGGCAUGCUCCUUGACCCCAGCCAGGUUCACCACUUCGAAGACUUUGGAUAUAGACAUGACGACGUCUUCCAGUGUCCUGCGAAUGCGCCUGGAGGGCAAUUAG